CUCAUACAUAAUUAUAAGCUGACGCGGCAUAUUACAAGAUUAGCUGAAUUCUUUUAAUCCCAGAAAAGUAAUUAAUUAGAAGAAAAUAUAUAAUUAAGUUAAUGAUGGGUACUAUGGAUUACAUGAUGGAGAAGAAUUUAUUUUUCAAAGCUAAAUCUAUAUUUUCAUCUCUUUAUGGAAUCAUUUUAUGGUCAACAACCUUGCCAUCAUCAUCAUCUCCACCAUCAGCUGGUCUCAAAACCCUAAUUUAUCCUCCAGACCUAAUUCAUCAUCCAUUUGUUAUCCAUUCUUACAAGAAAUCACUAACACCAUCUUUGCCAGUAUCACCAUCACUCUCAACUACUUCUUCUUCUUCUUCUUCUUCUUCGUUGUUUCAAUCAUUAAAUAUUUCCUCAUCGCGUUCUUCAUGGUCGUCUUCUAUGUUGGAUGACUUGAUCGGAGCAGAGAGUGGCGUUUAUUUGAAGUCGAGUGAAGAAGAAGGAACAGCAAGAAUGGUGAAAUUAGAUGAGGAUAAGCUAUUACGUGUCAAUCAAGGAAAGAGAAAUGAGCAACAAUGUGAAAUAAUGAAAAGGAAUAGGUAUCCCCCAGCAAUUCCUUCAUUAGCAAGAAAAGGAAAUUUGCCGCCUUGCAUUUUAACUAGGUAUUAUUCUGAUGGGAGAUUGAUUCUUAAAGAAGAAAAAUUGCAGCACCGUGAAUAUUUUGAAUCCUAUAGAGAAAACGGUCAUCUCAUUUUGAAGCUUGUUCACUUAGAUGAAGUUGAUGAUGAUGAAGAAGAAGCAGCAGCGCCAGAACUGCACGAUCAUGAGGAGCUUAUUGAAGAAGAAGAAGAAACUGAUAUGUAUGAAAAACUAUCAUCGUCUCUGCCAAAAUCUUAUUUGAAAAAUGGAAGUGAAAGGCACGGAGAUUUACGCAAAUGUUUUACAUAUUCCGGCAAGAUGAUAUCGGAUUCUUAUAUAUCUUGCUAUGCCAAUGCCGGAUAUGAGUACAUGAAUCAACCUGGCUCUGCAACCAAUUCACCAUUCAAUGUUCAUCAGAUGACAACUGUAGCGUAGCUUGAUUGAUUAGCGUUACAAUAACAGAAGCUAUUAUCAUUAGCUAGAUAGUAAUCUUUUUUUUUGUCAAAUGCUAAAAGCUGGAUAGUAAUUCUGUAGCUAAAUUGUAUCAAAUUUGUAUAUGGUUAAAAUUGAAGAAGUAUUUGUGACAUUGUGUUUGUCAAGUGAAAUAAGUUCCUGA